AUGAAUUGUCUCACUAUUGAUCCUGCCCCUCUUGCAUUUGAGUCAUAUCAGUCAGGGGACUUCAUUAUCGGUGGGAUGGUUUCUCAGAUUUGUACCUUUUCCCCAGCAUUUAAUUUCAAGGAAUGUCCUUGGCAGGAGUUCUCUGAAUUCAGAAUGGUGGUGACAAAGUUCUACCAGCACAUCUUGGCCUUGGAUUUUGCUGUCAAUGAGAUCAAUAAGAAUCCCAAGAUCUUACCGAAUGUCACACUUGGAUUCCACAUCUAUGACAGCUACAACGAUGCUCAGAUGACCUAUCGUACCACCCUGGACCUUCUCUUCAAAUCCCACAGAUUUGUCCCCAACUAUGAAUGUGAUGCCAACAAAAAACUAAUAGCCAUCAUUGGGGCACUUGCCUUUGAUGCCUCACUACACAUGGCAAAACUAUUAAAUAUCUACAAGAUUCCACAGCUCACCUAUGGCUCAUAUGCCCAAGCAGAGAGUGAAAUGAUGCAGUUCCCCUCUUUUUACCGCAUGGUCCCAAAUGAAGCCUAUCAGUAUAAGGGAAUUAUCAGCUUGUUUAAGUAUUUCGGAUGGACGUGGGUUGGGCUCUUUGUGGUGGAUGAUGAUCAAGGAGAACGUUUCCUGCAGGCCUUUGAGCCAUUGCUUUCCGAGAAUGGAAUCUGUUCAGACUUCACAAUACCAAUCCCUGCCCGAGCAAGUAUUAACAGAAAACUAACUAUAGGAGAUUUUGUAGCCAAUAAUUAUUAUAGGCUCAUCAAUUUUGGGAAAUCUAAAAUAUUUGUCAUCUAUGGUGAAAUAUAUACCUUGAUGUAUAUGUAUUAUUAUUUAUAUGAAAUAGGAAUUCCUGAACAUAAGGAAAAUAUAUUUGUUGGAAAGGUAUGGAUUAUAACAGCCCAGAUUGAUUUUAUACUAGCAGAUGUAAGCCGGGAUUCCAAUUUGCAAGUGUUCCAAGGCGCCAUAUACUUCAAGAUUCACUCAAAUGAACUUUUUGGGUUUGAGAAGUUUCUUCAGAUGCUAAAACCUGAUUGGUCAAAAGCAGAUGACUUCCUGGAGCUGUUCUGGGAACAAGCAUUUGACUGUUCUUUCCCAGAUCCCCUGGUACCUUACAAGGUCUCUGGAAGAUGCACUGGGGAGGAGAGGCUGGAGAACCUCCCUGCGCAUGCUUUUGAAAUGCCCAUGACCGGCCACAGCUACAGUAUUUAUAAUGCAGCUUAUGCUGCAGCACACGCUUUACAUGCCCUUUGCUCAUCUCGGGCCAACCACAGAGGAAUGGUGGGUGCCAAAAGUGUUGAACUAAAGAAUCUGCAACCUUGGCAGCUCCACCAAUUUCUUCAACACUUUUCAUUUAACAACUCCGCUGGAGAAAAAAUAUCUUUGAAUGAUAACAGGGAAAUACAAGGGGGAUUUGAUAUUACAAACUUGGUUACAUUUCCAAACAGCUCCUUCCUUAAAGUUAAAAUUGGAUGGGUUGAUCCCAAUGGUCUUGAAGGAGAAGAAUUCACCAUUAAUAAGGACAUGAUUGUUUGGCACAGCGGCUAUAAUCAGAUCCUGCCAAUUUCUGUCUGUAGUGAUUCCUGCCAACCUGGAUAUCGGAAGACAAAGGUGGAAGGGAAGAAGUUUUGCUGUUACGAUUGUAAUCGAUGUCCAAAAGGGAAGAUUUCAAAUCAAACUAGCCCUGAUGACUGCUCUGAAUGCCCAGAAGAUCUAUAUCCAAACAAAGACCAAGAUGAAUGCAUCCCAAAAGUCAUAAGCUUCCUGUCCUUUGAAGAACCCUUAGGGAAAAGUUUAGCUUCCAUUGCUGUUUCUUUUUCCUUGAUCACAGUCUUGGUGCUGCACACCUUUAUUAAGCACAGGGAUACCCCCAUAGUCAAAGCCAACAAUCGGGGCCUCACUUACACUCUCCUCAUCUCUCUCCUGCUUUGCUUCCUCUCUUCUUUGUUGUUCCUCGGAAAGCCUGAGAAACUGACUUGCCUUCUUCAACAACCAGUUUUUGGUUUGAUCUUCUCAGUGGCUGUUUCAUGUGUGUUGGCCAAAACCAUCACUGUGGUUGUAGCUUUCAUGGCCAACAAGCCAGGGUCUACCAUGAGGAAGUGGGUGGGAAAAAGACUGGCCACCUCCAUUAUUCUUUCUUGCUCCCUCAUUCAAGUUGGCAUUUGUGUUGUGUGGCUCACAACCUCUCCCCCAUUCCUGGAUUUAGACAUGCAGUCAGUCCCUGAAGAAAUCACUGUGCAAUGUCAUGUAGGUUCUGCCAUCAUGUUUUAUCUUGUCCUAGGCUACAUGGCACUACUAUCCAUCAUCAGCUUUUCCGUGGCUUUCUUAGCUAGGAAUUUGCCAGACACCUUUAAUGAAUCCAAAUUUAUCACCUUUAGUAUGCUGAUGUUCUGCAGUGUUUGGUUGUCAUUUUUUCCAGCCUACCUGAGCACCAAGGGCAAAUACAUGGUCGCAGUGGAGAUCUUCUCUAUCUUAGCUUCUAGUGCUGGGUUGUUAGGCUGUAUCUUCUCUCCAAAAUGUUACAUUCUUCUCUUCAAGCCUGAGCUGAACAACAGGGAACUGAUCAGGGAAAAAAUCCCGCAGUCCGCCAUUGAGCUGCUAAAUCUGAGGAGAUCAGAAAAGCGUGGAAUUCUCUACCUGCGCGCUCAUGUAGCGCUCUGGUACCUGGGGCUACAGACCUGUUCAUGGCUUCCAACGCUUUGUCCCUCCAAGAUCCCCAAGUAUCUGGGCAUGGGAUCUGGAAACUAUCUAUCUGCUGGGGCCAAUUCCGGGAACCUGGAAAUCCGGUUGCGCGACAAGGCAUCAGCAAUUCCAUUAUCUAGCCCGGGAACAUGCCUUGCAUAA